GUUUUUCCCAAGUGUCUGUUCUGACACCUCCAUCCUACCGAUACCGCUACACAAACAGCCGAGAAGAUACCCCACCACAAUAUCUAUCCAAGCAAGUCUAGCUGCUAUCGGUACCGUAGCAACAUGAUGAAGCUGAAUCUCCCACCACCAUCUUUUCUGAGUACAGUUCUGUGGCUGCUUCUGGCUUGUCAAAUAGUCAAUGUGCAAGCACUGCCCUUUGUCAAGAGCAAAGAGGCCCCGGUAGAUGAGGAAUCCUGCGAUAGUGGCCUCUUAAGCUUGGCUGUUGACAGCUUAUUGCCCCUAUUCAUGGCUAUUGCCGUGGCAGUGACAGGCAUUGGUUCUGCUUUGGUCUAUUACGUUGUGGAUAUUACCCAGGAAAAAUUGCAAUCUCAAAUCAACAAUCUCCAAGUCCAACUCGGUGGUCAGACCAACCGUGCCUUUGUCUUUAUCAAACCUCAUGCUUGCAAGGGCAAACCCGGCAAGGUGGAAGCCGUGGUGGAAACGGCCUUGAAAAAGGCAGGGAUUCGGAUUCAAGAUCAGGGAGAGAUUCUGGCCGAAACCAUUGACAAGGACAUGUUGAUUGAUACCCACUACGGGGCCAUUGCCAGCAAGGCGGUCAAACUAAAACCACAUGAACUCAAUGUCCCCGACAAAGGGCAGGCAGAAUUUGAAAAAAUGUUUGGAGAAUCCUGGCAGAGUGCCAUUGAUAACAAUAAAGUGUACAAUGCCCAAGAUGCCUGUGAGAAAUUGGGAAAUAUUGACGGAAUCGAACUAGAAAAAAGAUGGCGCAAGUUGGAAAUGGGGGUCGAUUUUAUCAAAUUUGGAGGAGGAUUCUAUUGUGGAAAAGUCGGUGAUAUCUAUGUCAUGAAUGCAUUCUACAUGGCCAUGAGAGCUGCCUACUGCAACCCCGGAGAACGCAUCCAAUGGUAUUCGGUAUCCUGGCCAUCGACGGCAAUGAGUUGGGCCGAUUUUCGGGGCCAAGUCUUGGGUGCCACCGAUCCGACGUUGGCACCGGAAGGAUCCAUUCGACAAACCAUCCUCAAACAAUACAAUCCACUCGGUCUUGAAUCCAAACCCAAUACAGGCAACAAUGGCGUGCACGCGUCGGCAUCGCCUCUGGAAGGAUUGGCGGAACGCAUGAAUUGGAUGGGUGUGUCCAUUCAAGACGAUGAAUUUGGUCGUGCCCUGGUGGCGGCCGGUGUCAGCCAAGAGACCAUUAUGGAAUGGGCCGCCGAUGCCCAAGUGACGGUAAAAGGAGAAACGGAACCCAACAAAACCAUGAGUGUGUUUGAUACAUUGGAGGAUUUGGAUGCCGAUACGGUGUUGGCCAAAGUGGGUAAGAUUGGCAAAAUGGAUUCAUAAUAACAAAAAAGUCAAGGAGCAGCAAACGACAACCUUGGCAAGAGUUAAUUUCUCGUUGCUUGGAACAACGAGGCAUGACAGGCAUACUGUGAUGUGCAGUUAUUUUGAAGUCAGUGUAUUUAUGUAUGUAUGAAGCCGAGCUAUAGCUUUGAAUGUAAAGCAAAUGGAGCAAUGUGAAACAUGUAUUCAAACUCUCUAGCUAGCU